AUGGCUGCUGGAGUGAUGCUUGUUGGAGCCGUGCUGGCUAGGAUCAUGAGUGUUGGAAUCAUGACUGUUGGAAUCGUGGCUGUUGGAGUCGUGGCUGUUGGAAUCGUGGCUGUUGGAGUCAUGGCUGUUGGAAUCGUGGCUGCUGGAGUCAUGGCUGUUGGAGUCAUGGCUGUUGGAGUCGUGGCUGUUGGAGUCAUGGCUGUUGGAGUCGUGGCUGUUGGAAUCGUGGCUGUUGGAGUCAUGGCUGUUGGAAUCGUGGCUGCUGGAGUGAUGCUUGUUGGAGCCGUGCUGGCUAGGAUCAUGAGUGUUGGAAUCAUGACUGUUGGAAUCGUGGCUGUUGGAGUCGUGGCUGUUGGAAUCGUGGCUGUUGGAGUCAUGGCUGUUGGAAUCGUGGCUGCUGGAGUGAUGCUUGUUGGAAUCGUGGCUGCUGGAGUCAUGGCUGUUGGAGUCGUGGCUGUUGGAAUCGUGGCUGUUGGAGUCAUGGCUGCUGGAGUGAUGCUUGUUGGAAUCGUGGCUGCUGGAGUCAUGGCUGUUGGAGUCGUGGCUGUUGGAGUCAUGGCUGUUGGAGUCGUGGCUGCUGGAGUGAUGCUUGUUGGAGCCGUGCUGGCUAGGAUCAUGAGUGUUGGAAUCAUGGCUGUUGGAAUCAUGACUGUUGGAAUCGUGGCUGUUGGAAGAAUGGCUGCUGGAGUGAUGCUUGUUGGAAUCGUGGCUGCUGGAGUCAUGGCUGUUGGAGUCGUGGCUGUUGGAAUCGUGGCUGUUGGAGUCAUGGCUGUUGGAAUCGUGGCUGUUGGAAUCGUGGCUGCUGGAGUGAUGCUUGUUGGAGCCGUGCUGGCUAGGAUCAUGAGUGUUGGAAUCAUGGCUGUUGGAAUCAUGACUGUUGGAAUCGUGGCUGUUGGAAGAAUGGCUGCUGGAGUGAUGCUUGUUGGAAUCGUGGCUGCUGGAGUCAUGGCUGUUGGAGUCGUGGCUGUUGGAAUCGUGGCUGUUGGAGUCAUGGCUGUUGGAGUCAUGGCUGUUGGAAUCGUGGCUGUUGGAAUCGUGGCUGCUGGAGUGAUGCUUGUUGGAAUCGUGGCUGCUGGAGUCAUGGCUGUUGGAGUCGUGGCUGUUGGAGUCAUGGCUGUUGGAGUCGUGGCUGCUGGAGUGAUGCUUGUUGGAGCCGUGCUGGCUAGGAUCAUGAGUGUUGGAAUCAUGGCUGUUGGAAUCAUGACUGUUGGAAUCGUGGCUGUUGGAAGAAUGGCUGCUGGAGUGAUGCUUGUUGGAAUCGUGGCUGCUGGAGUCAUGGCUGUUGGAGUCGUGGCUGUUGGAAUCGUGGCUGUUGGAGUCAUGGCUGUUGGAAUCGUGGCUGUUGGAAUCGUGGCUGCUGGAGUGAUGCUUGUUGGAGCCGUGCUGGCUAGGAUCAUGAGUGUUGGAAUCAUGGCUGUUGGAAUCAUGACUGUUGGAAUCGUGGCUGUUGGAAGAAUGGCUGCUGGAGUGAUGCUUGUUGGAAUCGUGGCUGCUGGAGUCAUGGCUGUUGGAGUCGUGGCUGUUGGAAUCGUGGCUGUUGGAGUCAUGGCUGUUGGAGUCAUGGCUGUUGGAAUCGUGGCUGUUGGAAUCGUGGCUGCUGGAGUGAUGCUUGUUGGAAUCGUGGCUGCUGGAGUCAUGGCUGUUGGAGUCGUGGCUGUUGGAAUCGUGGCUGUUGGAGUCAUGGCUGUUGGAGUCAUGGCUGUUGGAAUCAUGACUGUUGGAAUCGUGGCUGGAGGAAUGGCUGGGGUGGUGAUCGUCAUUAUUGCUAUUCUUGCCAUGAUCAUAGCUGUUCGGGUCACUGAGAAAUGA